AUGAACAACCUUGCCGCGCUCCUGGAGCAGCAGGGGAAGCUGGCUGAGGCUGAAGAACUGCAACGCAAAGCGCUCGCAGGGUUUGAAGCGCAGCUGGGAGCGAGCCAUCCCAACACGCUAAUCUCCGUGAACGUUCUCGCUAUGAUCCUCGAGUCGCAAGGCAAAUUGGAAGAGGCAGAAGGUCUCUACCACCGGGCCUUGGAAUGCGGCGAGUCCCAACUGGGAGCCCAACACCCCGACACCCUCGUUUGGGUGAACAACUUGGCCGUUGUCUUGGAGAAGCAGGGCAAGUUGGAGGAGGCAGAAGGUCUCCAGCGCCGAGCAUUGGAAGGCCGCGAGUCCCAACUGGGACCCCAACACCCCGGCACGCUCAACUCGGUGCACAACUUGGCCGUUGUCUUGGAGAAGCAGGGCAAGUUGGAGGAGGCAGAAGGUCUCCAGCGCCGAGCAUUGGAAGGCCGCGAGUCCCAACUGGGAGCCCAACACCCCGAGACGCUCCUCUCGGUGAACAACUUAGCCUUUCUCUUGGAGAAGCAGGGCAAGCUGGCCUCUGAGGCUGAAGGGCUGCACCGCCGAGCCUUGGAAGGCUGCGAGUCCCAACUGGGACCGCAACACCCGGACACGCUCACCUCCAUGAACAACUUGGCCCUUCUCUUGCAGCAGCAGGGAAAGUUGGAGGAGGCGGAGGAGCUCUAUCGCAGGGCCCUGAGGGGGCGAGAAGGUCAGCUGGGCCCCGUGCAUCCGGACACCUUGAGCUCCAUCCGGAGUUUGGCGAUUCUUCUGGAGGUGAAAGGCUCUGUCACAGAGGCAGGGCAGCUUUUUCUCCGCGAGCUGCGUAGCCUGGAGGAGCUGCAUGGUCCGGAGCACGCAGAGACCCGAGCGAGUCGCCGCAACCUGGAGCGAUUCCAACGACAGCACGGGAUUUUGCUUCUGAGGCAGCAAGUGGAGGCAUAUCAGCAUCUUCCAGCCCGUGACCCUGCAUCGCAUUGA